CAAUCUUGAUAGUCCAUGCUGGACCUUGGAGGUGUUGCGAUAUGCAUUUUUUCUUCAAUUAGCAUCUCGCGAUUGACUUUAUACCUCGAGGUUCCGCUAAUUGGAUUAGUGUAUCUGGUUCUUCCAAGACAAACAGGUUUCCGAAGUGCUUUUCUGUGUUUGCAGCUGCUCUGGAUUGAGUUUUUGCCCCAGUUAAUCGCCCAACUAGACACGAAAAAGGGCGGCGUAAACACUCAAGUGAUAAUGUCAAGUUUUAAGGCUGAGAAAGCUGGAGAGCCGGUCCAGGUGGCGUCUGCAAAUGGAUCAACGGUGCCUCUUUGCAAGCGGGAUGUGGAAAUCGGCGAUUACGACCCGUUCCAGCAUCGGAAGCUCGAUCAUCCGACUUCGGAUAUGGACACCUUCAUCCAUCUGCUCAAGGGAAGUUUGGGCAGCGGCAUUCUGGCCAUGCCCUUGGCUUUUGCCCACGCCGGGCUCUUCCUUGGACUGUUCUGCACGUUUGCCAUUGGAAUCAUCUGCACUUAUUGCGUCCACAUUUUGGUGAAAAGCGCCCAUGAGCUUUGCAGGCGGACCAAAGUGCCCAGUCUUGGAUUCGCCGAGGUGGCGGAAGCAGCUUUUCUGGCCGGCCCGGAAGGGUUCCGUCCGUGGGCGAAGUUUGCCAAAGCCAGCAUCAACCUCUUCCUGGUCAUUGAUCUACUCGGCUGCUGCUGCGUCUACAUAGUCUUCGUCGCGAAGAACGUCAAACAAGUGGUGGACGUUUACGCACCGGAGGAAUACACCUUCGAUAUCCGGUUCUACAUGGCCGCUAUGCUCCCGCUUCUCAUCUUCGUCAACCUGAUCCGCAACCUAAAGUAUCUCUCGCCCCUGUCCAUGCUGGCCAACAUUCUGGUCGCCACUGGAAUCGGCAUCACUUUCUACUACAUUUUCUCCGAUUUGCCCUCGUUGGAUUCGCAGCCAGCGUACGAAAGUGUCACCAAGUUGCCAAUGUUCUUCGGCACCGCCAUCUUCGCCCUGGAAGGUAUUGGCGUAGUGAUGCCUUUGGAGAACAACAUGAAACAUCCCAGCCAUUUCAUCGGCUGUCCCAGUGUGCUCAACAUUGGCAUGUUCUUUGUCGUCUCCCUCUAUGCCUCCACUGGGUUCUUUGGCUUCUUGAAGUAUGGCGACGCCACCGAAGGCAGCAUCACCCUCAACCUGCCACAAGAUGAUCCAUUGGCCCAAUCGGUGAAGCUCAUGAUAGCAGUGGCGAUUUUCUUCACCUACGCCCUGCAGUUCUACGUGCCAAUGGAGAUCAUAUGGAAGGCGCUGAAGAACAACUUCAGCAGCGCCAGCCAGAACUUCGCCAACUACGCGAUCCGCAUCAUCCUGGUGUUUAUCACUGUCGUGCUCGCCAUCCUUAUCCCCAACCUCGGAGGCUUUAUCUCAUUGGUAGGCGCCGUUUGCCUGUCGAUGCUGGGGCUGAUCUUCCCAGCCACCAUCGAUCUGGUCACGUUCUACGACGAUCCGGGUAUGGGCAAGUACAACUGGCGCCUCUACAAGAACUUGUUCCUGAUCUUCUUCGGGCUGGUAGGAUUCUUGACUGGUACUUAUGUGAGUAUCUUUGAGAUCAUUGAAUCCUACUGAGCCACCUAGAAGGAGAUUUGGGCGUUGUUCGAACGUCGCAAGCAGGGAGAGCGGCUGAGCGGCUUGGGAAGUCGAUUCAGUUUUCAGGGUUUGCCCCCGGCUGAAACCCGGGUCUUAAACGGCGAACAGCCAAUGUUUCGCGCAACUGGGAACAUUGACUGUUGGCUGACGCACCAAAGUCCAGUUGCCAGCUUCUCCCUGUUGCUUCCCAUUGGCUCCGGCCAAAGAAACCAAUAAAAAAAGACAAUAACUACUAGCAGUCUUUGACCACAAUAAUCAUCUAAAGCAAGUUUAGGCAGUAUUCUUGCACUGUAACUAGACUUAAGUGUAGACUACUUAUUAGACUACUUAGAGGUAGUUCAAUCUGUGAUUUCUUUCAAGCAGGCAGAACAUUAGUUGUAUUCACUUAGCCUAGAAGGGCGUCGUCCGGGAAGACUUGCUUAUCCGGACGAUGUUUCAUUGUCGACCCACGCCCAUUUAGUGUAUCGUUUUAGUGAGAACUCAUUGGCCAUUGUUUAAUUUAUAUUUUUGAUUGAUUGUGAUUUUUAGACGUAGUUACAAGCUCAACUAAAGCGGCUUGAAGCUCAGUUCUCUACUGAGUUAGAGCUUGAUAAAAAAACGUGAUGGUAACAGGGCAACCAAGGGGAUUUGGAUAAUCCCCAAUCCCUCUAGCUCUUUUACCAGCACACUGUUAAAUUAGUUCCAGAGGAACUGCCCUACCGAUGUGAAAACCUGGUGCCUUAAUUUUGGAAACAUCCACACCGGUUUUGCCAAAUUGACUGGCGAUUCGAAUUCUGAUAAGUUCCUUAAACAAAGUCACAUGCAGGCAAAAAUUGCUUUUAAUUCAAGUAAGGUCAUCCUGUGUAACAAAUACCCGAAAUAACGAAAAACUUGCCAUUAGAGUAGAUGUUUGCGAUGGUUUUUGCUGGGAAUCUCAACCAUUUUUUAGUACAGCAUUUAGAAUAUACAGUAUGUUCAAUAUCAGGAACGCCAAAAUACCUUGGAUAAGUACUUUCCACAAAUUGUUCCAUUCAUUUCCACACUUGAGCUUUCAAAGUGUCCCCCGAACAAGACGCAAAAAAACCUCCGGACUUCAACAAGCAAAGUAUUUAUUGCUACAAUUCCGCUUAAAGCUUGCUUUGGGAACAUUCUGAAUUUCCGCCCUAAUGCCGCAAGAAAUAGUAGCUAAGAUUCCGAAUUUUUGUAUUGUUUGAAAUAAAAUGACUCCAAAUAAA